CCAUAUGACAAUAAGAUGAUUCACAUUAAAAAAUAUGGAGAACAUAAUGUUCUGAAUAGCCGUAGAGGAAUCCUGUCUUUAAUGUGGGAUGAAAGUAAUAAACUCUCACUCACUCUUCACAAGCAGUAUCCAACUUGUGGUCUUUGUGGUAACUUCAACAGCAUUCCAGGAGACGAUAUUAAUGAGCACAUUGACAAUAGUAAAAUUCCUGGUAAUUGUCCCAAAGCUGUUACCAAAAGCUAUCAAGUUUGUGAAGAUGGAGUGCAUCACUGUAACAAAAUUAUUGGAACCUACUUUGAGAAAUGUGGAAAGGUUGGCACUUUAUCCAAUGACUACAAAAUGAUCUGCAUUGAUGAGUACUGCCAAAGUAGAGACAAAAAAUCCACCUGUGACACUUAUGCAGAAUUGUCCCGCCUCUGUUCAUCAGAUGGUCCCGGCACCUAUGUAUCCUGGAGAGACGAUCCCGAUGUGGUUUGUGAAAAACCUAGAUGCCCAGAAAAACAUAUCUACAAAGAAUGUGGUCCCUCAAAUCCUGCAACUUGUUCUAAUGUGGCUCCUUUUCAAGGCAUCGAAUGUGUGAGUGGCUGCACCUGCCCAGAAGGUUAUCUAUUGGAUGAUAUUGGAGAGAAAGGGAGAUGCGUGUUGAAGGCUGACUGUCCCUGUGAAUCUAAUGGAAAGGUGUAUCAGUCAGGAGAAAUCCGUGAAGGUCCUUGUGGUUCUCAGUGCACAUGCCAAGAAGCAAAGUGGUCUUGCACUAAAAUGUUAUGUCCUGGAAGAUGUAAGGUGGAAGGAAGUUUGAUUACCACCUUUGAUGGUGUUAAAUACAAUCAUCCUGGAAACUGUCACUUUUUGGCUAUCCAUGAUAAAGAUUGGUCUAUUAGUGUUGAGCUUCGUCCAUGUCCAAGUGGUCAGUCAGGAACGUGCUUAAAUAGUGUUACACUCCUCUUGAAUUCGUCUGUUCCAGUUGACAAAUACAUAUUCAAUAGAGAUGGAACAGUCACAAAUGACAAGAUUAGAAAUCAAGGUUAUUAUUAUUCAGAAAAAAUACAGAUCUCCAAUGCAUCUUCCUCAUACCUUCAAGCAGAAACAUACUUUCAUGGAAAACUGCAAAUACAAAUUGUUCCUGUGAUGCAAUUAUAUGUUUCCAUGCCACCCAACCAAUUCACAGACACUGUAGGACUCUGUGGUUCCUACAACAACAGAGCAGAGGAUGAUUUCAUGUCAAGUCAGAAUAUAUUAGAGAAGACAUCUCAGGCAUUUGCUGAUUCUUGGGAAAUGAUGCCUUGUCCUAAAGGAAACACUGCUUCAUGCGUCAGUAUAGAAAAAGAAAGAUUUGCUGAAAGGCACUGUGGAAUUCUUCUUGAUUUGAGUGGGCCUUUUGCUUCCUGCCAUUCAGUUGUGGACCCUAAACCAUAUCAAGAGGAAUGCAAAAAAUACACUUGUACUUGUGAAAAUAGUCAAGACUGCCUGUGUACGAUUUUAGGCAACUAUGUGAAAGCGUGUGCUGAGAAGGAAACUUACAUGAUAGGAUGGAGAGCUGGGCUUUGUGAUCAAUCUUGUCCAAGUGGCCUAGUUUUCAGGUACAAUGUAAAAACCUGCAAUAGUUCCUGCCGAUCAUUGUCAGAGAAAGAUAGGAGCUGCGAUAUGGAAGAUGUUCUAGUUGAUGGAUGCACUUGCCCUGAUGGAAUGUACCAGACUAAUGAAGGAAAUUGUGUUCCAAAAUCUCAGUGUGACUGCUACAUAAAUGACGAGGUCCUGCAACCAGGCAAACUCAUCCAUAUUGAUGACAAUAAAUGCGUAUGUCGAGAUGGAAUUCUUCUUUGCCAGACUCCCAUUGAUUUAACGCUACAAAAUUGUUCUAAAGGGGCUGAAUAUGUUGACUGUAGGAAUCCUAAGGCACAGAGAAGAGUUGACAGUACCUGUAGCACUCGGAACAUACCUAGUUUUGAAGAGAACUUGCCUUGCAAGCGUGGAUGCUACUGUCCUGUAGGAAUGGUUCGAAAUUCUAAAGGGAACUGUGUCUUCCCUGACGACUGCCCAUGUUCUUUUGGUGGACGAGAGUAUGACCAAGGAAGUGUCACCUCAGUUGGCUGCAACAAAUGUACUUGCAUAAAAGGAUCUUGGAACUGUACACAAAAUGAGUGUCAAACCACCUGCCAUAUCUAUGGGGAAGGUCAUGUUAGAUCUUUUGAUGGAAAAAGUUACAGCUUUGAUGGUCUCUGCCAGUAUUCAUUUAUCGAGGAUUAUUGUGGUCAUGAAAAUGGCACAUUCCGUAUUUUAAGUGAAAGCAUCCCGUGUUGCGAAGAUGGGCUUACAUGCUCAAGAAAAAUUAUAGUUGCUUUUCAGGAUCAGAAUAUUGUCUUGCAAGAUGGUAAAGUCACAGCAGUCAAAACUACAGAAAGUAAGGAAUGUGAACUCAGUGGAAAUUCAUACUCUGUUCAUACCGUUGGCCUGUACUUGAUUUUGAAAAUUUUAAGUGGAAUAACCAUAAUUUGGGACAAAAAUACAAGAAUUUCUGUGUUAUUGGAUCCACGCUGGAAUGGCAAAGUGUGUGGUCUUUGUGGAAAUAACAAUGGCGAUCUUAAGGAUGAUUUCACAACGAGAUACUCAUCAGUAGCUGCUGGAGCACUGGAAUUUGGAAAUAGCUGGAAAACAAGUCAAGAAUGUUCAGACACAGUAGCUCAAACCUUCCCAUGUGACUCAAACCCAUACUGUAAAGCUUGGGCUGCGCGGAAAUGUGAGAUCAUCCGGGACAGCACCUUCAGAGACUGCCACAAUAAGGUGGACCCCAGUACGUACUAUGAUGCAUGUGUUGAAGAAGCUUGUGCAUGUGACAUGGAGGGGAAGUACCUGGGAUUCUGCACAGCUGUGGCGAUGUACGCAGAAGCAUGCAGUGCGGUUGGAGUCUGUGUUACAUGGAGAAAACCAGAUCUCUGUCCUAUCUACUGUGAUUAUUAUAAUGCACCUGGGGAAUGCAGCUGGCACUAUGAACCUUGUGGUACAGUGACUGCAAAAACAUGCAAAGAUAGAGUAAUUGGCCAGAAGUUUUCUGUACUUUUAGAAGGUUGUUAUGCUAAGUGCCCAGACAGUGCUCCCUUCCUGGAUGAGAACACCAUGAAAUGCGUCAGUUUGUCUGAGUGCAGCUGCUUCUAUAAUGACAUCAUACCUGCUGGUGGAGUGAUCCAAGAUAACUGUGGGAGAACAUGCUAUUGCAUCGCAGGAGAGUUGGAGUGCAGUGAAACUGCUCCUACAAAUUCAACAUUUACAGUUUCUACUACAACAGCUACCUCCAUGCUAAGCGCUGAAGCAGCUCUUUUAACAUCAGCUGGAGGAUCAAGGACAAUUGGACAAUCAACUGAAGGAUCAGGGACAAUUGAACCAUCAUCUGGAGGAUCAAGGACAACUGGACCAUCUAUUGUAGGAUCAGGGACAAUUGGAUCAUUAUCUGGAGUGACAGAGACAACUGGACCAUCAACAGAAGAAUCAGGAACCACUAAACGAUCAAAUGAAGUCUCAGGAAAAACUGUACCGUUAACUGAAGGAUCAAGGACAACUGUGCAGUCAAUUGGAGUUACAGGGACUACUGGAUCAUCAACUGAAGAAUCAGGGACAACAGUACCAUCAACUGGAGUGGCAGGGACUACUGAAACAUCAACUGGAGGAUCAGGAACAACUGGAUCAUCAAUUGGAGUAUCAGGGGCUACUGGACCAUCAACUGGUGAUUCUGGGGCAACUGCAUCACCAGCUUUAGGUUCAAAGACAAGUGAACGAUCAGUUAGAGGAUCAAGAACCACUGAGACAUCAGAUGCAGUGACAGGAACAUAUGAACCAUCAAUGAGAAGAUCAGGGACAACUGGAAAAUCUAGGUCAACUGGACCAUCUGUUGUAGGGUCAGAGACAACUGCUCCAUUAUUUGGAGCAAUAGGGACUACUAUUAUUGGAAAAAGAACCAGUUUAUGGUCAUCUGGAGGAUCAGGGAUCCCUGGAUCAACACCUGGAAAUUCAAUAGCAACUGGACCAAAUAUUGUAGGUUCAGAGACAAGUGCACGAUUAUCUGGGGCAAUAGGGACCACUGUUAUAAGAUCAGGAACCAGAUUACCCUCAUUUGGAGCAUCUUGGACACCAGAACCAUCAACUGGAGGAUCAGCAACAACAGGACAAUCUGGUGUAGGUUCAGAGACAAAUGUACCAUUAUCUAGAGCAACAGGAACCACUGUUAUAGGAUCACGAACAAGUUUACCCUCUUUUGGAGCAUCAGGGACCCCUGGAUCAUCACCUGGAGGAUCAGCAGCAACUGGACCAAAGGUUGUAGGUUCAUGGACAACUACACCAUUAUCUGGAGCAAGAGGGACAACUGUUAUAGGAUCAGGGAAAAAUGGAUCAUCCCUUGAAGGAUCAAUGACAAGUGGAUCAACAGCUGCACUGACAGGAACAACUAAAAUCUCUGUUGUAGGGUUGGGGACAACUGGACCAUCAUCUGGAACAUCAGGAGCAACUGGAACAGCAAGUGACAGUUCAGGAGCAACUCGAUCAUUAGCUGAGGUGACAGGAACAACUGGAAUCUCUGUUGUAGGUUCAGGGACAACUGGAUCAUCACCUGGAGGAUCAGGAGCAAGUGGACCACCUGUUGUAGUUUCAGAGACAACUGCACCAUUAUCUGGAGCAACACGGACCACUGUUACAGGGACAGGAGUCAGUUUACCAUCAGUUGAAAGAACAGCCAUGACUAGUUCAAUACCUCGAGGAUCAGGGACAACUGGACAAUCUGUUGUAGGUUCAGAGACAACUGCAUCUUUAUCUGGAACAACAGAGACCACUGUUAUAGGAACAGGAAGUAGUUUACCCUCAUCUGGAGCAUCAGGGACCCCUGGACCAUCACCUAGCAAAUCAGCAGCAACUGGAUCACCUGGUAUAGCUUCAGAGACAAAUACACCAUUAUCUGGAGCAACAGGAAACAUAGUUACAGAAUCAGGAACGGGUUUACCCUUAUCUGGAGCAUCAGGGAAACCUGGAUCAUCACCUGGAGGAUCAGCAGUAAGUGGACCACCUGGUAUUGGUUCAGAGACAACUGCAGCAUUAUCUGGAACAACAGGAACUGCAGCUAUAGCAUCAGGAACAAGUUUACCAUCGGUUGAGGAAUCAGGGACCACUAGAUCAGUACCUGGAAGAUCAGGGACAAGUGGACCAACUGGUCUAAAUUCAGAGAUAUCUGUGCCAUUAUCUGCAACAACAGGGAUUAAUGUUAUAGGAUCAGGAACAGGUUUAGCCUCAUCUGGAGCAUCAGGGACCCCAGGAUCAUCACCUGCAGGAUCGGCAGCAACUGGACCACAUGGUGUUGGUUCAGAGACAAUGGCACCAUUAUCUGGAGCAACAGGGACUGCUGCUAUAAGAUCAGGAACCGGUUUGACAUCGGUUUUAAAAUCAGGGACCACUAGAUCAAUACCAGGAAGAUCAGGGACAACUGGACCACCUGCUGUAAGUUCAGAGACAACUGCACCAAUAUUUGGAACAAGAGGAACUGCAACUAUAGGAUCAGGUACAAGUUUACCAUCGGUUGAGGGAUCAGGGAGCACUAGAUCACUACCUGGAGAAUCAGGGACAAGUGGACCACCUAGUGUAAGUUCAGAUAUAACUGCCCCAUUAUCUGGAACAACAGGGUCUAAUGUUAUAGGAUCAGGAAGCAAUUUACCAUCAUCUGGAUCAUCAGGGAACCCUGGAUCAUCACCUGGAGGAUCAGCAGGAACUGGAACACCUGGUGUUGGUUCAGAGACAACAGCACCAUUUUCCGGAGCAACAGAGACCACUGCUAUAGGAUCAGGAACAAGUUUACCCUCAUCUGGAGCAUCAGGGAACCCUGGAUCAUCACUUGGAGGAUCAGCAGCAACUGGACCACCUGGUAUUGUUUCAGAUACAACUGCCCUAUUAUCUGGUGCAACAGGGACUGCUGCUUUAGGAUCAGGAACCAGUUCACCAUUGGUUGAAGGAUCAGGGACCACUAGAUUAAUACCUGGAGGAAUAGGGACAACUGGACCACGUGCUGUAGGUUCCGAGACAACUGCAUCAUUAUCUGGAGGAAGAGGAACUGCAGGUACAGGAUCAGGAACAAGUUUACCAUCACUUGAGGGGUCAGGGACAAUUAGAUCACUACCUGGAGGAUCAGGAGCAAGUGGAACACCUGGUGUAAAUUCAGAGAUUACUGUGCCAUUAUCUGGAGAAACAGGGACAAAUGUUAUAGGAGCAGGAAGCAGUUCACCCUCAUCUGGAGCAUCAGGGAUCCCUGGCUCAUCACCUGGAGUAUCAGUGACAAGUGGACCACCCGCUAUAGGUUCAAAGACAAAUGCACCAUUUUCUAGAGCAACAGGGACUACCGUUAGAGGAUCGGAAAUCAGUUCACCCUCAUCUGGAAUAUCAGGGACACCUGGAACAAAACCUGGAAAAUCAGUAGCAAGUGGACCAAAUACUGUAGGUUCAGAAACAAGUGCACCAUUAUCUAGAGCAACAGGAACCACUGAUAAAGGAUCAGGAACGAGUUUACCCUCAUCUGGAGCAUCAGUGACACCUAGAUCAUCACCUGGAAGAUCAGCAGCAACUGGACCACCUGGUAUUGGUUCAGAGACAACUCCACCAUUAUCUGGAGCAACAGGAACUGCAGCUAUAGCAUCAGGAACAAGUUUACCAUCGGUUGAGGAAUCAGGGACCACUAGAUCAGUACCUGGAAGAUCAGGGACAAGUGGACCAACUGGUCUAAAUUCAGAGAUAUCUGUGCCAUUAUCUGCAACAACAGGGAUUAAUGUUAUAGGAUCAGGAACAGGUUUAGCCUCAUCUGGAGCAUCAGGGACCCCAGGAUCAUCACCUGCAGGAUCAGCAGCAACUGGGCCAUAUGGUGUUGGUUCAGAGACAAUGGCACCAUUAUCUGGAGCAACAGGGACUGCUGCUAUAAGAUCAGAAACCGGUUUAACAUCGGUUUUAAAAUCAGGGACCACUAGAUCAAUACCAGGAAAAUCAGGGACAACUGGACCACCUGCUGUAAGUUCAGAGACAACUGCACCAGUAUCUGGAACAAGAGGAACUGCAACUAUAGGAUCAGGUACAAGUUUACCAUCGGUUGAGGGAUCAGGGAGCACUAGAUCACUACCUGGAGGAUCAGGGACAAGUGGACCACCUAGUGUAAGUUCAGAUAUAAUUGCGCCAUUAUCUGGAGCAACAGGGACUAGUGUUACAGGAUCAGGAACCAGUUUACCAAUAUCUAGAGCAUCAGGGACUCUUCGAUCAUCAACUGGAGGAUCAGCAGCAACUUCAUCACCUGGUGUUGGUUUGGAGACAACAGCAACACUAUCUGGAGCAACAGGGACUGCUGCUAUGGGGGCAGGAAUCAGUUUACUCUCAGCUGAAGAAACAGGGACCACUAGAUCAAUUUCUCAAGAAUCAGGGACAACUGCACUACCUGGUGUAGGUUCACAGACAACUGCAGCAUUAUCUGGAGCAACAAUAACUGCAGCUAUAGGAUCAGCAACCAGUUUACCAUCAGUUGAGGGAUCAAGGACCACUAGAUCACUACCUGGAAGAUCAGGGACAACUGAACCACCUGGUGUAAGUUCAGAGAUAACUGCACAGUUAUCUGGAGCAACAGUGACUAAUGUUAUAGGAUCAGGAACCAGUUUACCCUUGUCCGGAUCAUCAGGAACCCCUGGAUCAUCAACUGGAGUAUCAGCAGUACGUGCACCACCUGGUGUUGGUUUGCAGACAACUGCACCAUUAUCUGGAGCAACAAGGACCAGUGCUUUAGGAUCAGGAACCAGUUUACCAUCAGUUGAAGGACCAGGGACCACUAGAUUAAUACCUGGAAGAUCAGGGACAACUGGACCACCUGCUGUAGGUACAGAGAAAACUGCACCAUUACCUGGAGCAAGAGGAACUGCAGGUUUAGGAUCAGGAACAAGUUUACCAUUGAUUGAGGGAUCAAGGACCACUAGAUCACCACCUGGAGGAUUAAGGACAAGUGGACGACCUGGUGUAAGUUCAGAUAUAACUGCGCCAUUAUCUGGAGCAAGAAGAACUGCUGCUAUAAGUCCAGGAGCACGUUUACCCUCAUCUGGAGCAUCAGGAACCCCUGGAUCAUCCCCUGGAGGAUCAGCAGCAACUGGACUACCUGGUAUUGGUUCAGAGACAACUGCAGCAUUAUCUGUAGCAACAGGAACUGCAGCUAUAGGAUCAGGUACCAGUUUACCAUCAGUGAAGGGAUCAGGGACCACCAGAUCACUAUCUGGAGGAUCAGGGACAAGUGGACAACCUGGUGUAAGUUCAGGUAUAACUGUGCCAUUAUCUGGAGAAUCAGGGAGUAAUAUUAUAGGAUCAGGAACAAGUUUACCCUCAUCUGGAGAAUCAGGAAACCCUGGAUCAUCACCUGGAGGAUCGGCAGCAACUGGAACACCUAGUGUUGGUUCAGAGACAACGGCACCAUUAUCUGGAGCAACAGGGACUGCUGCUAUAGAAUCAGCAAACGGUUUACCAUCAGUUGAAAGAUUAGGGACCACUAGAUCAAUACCCGGAGGAUCAGGGACAACUUUAUCAGGUGCUGUAAAUUCAGAGACAACUGCAUCUUUAUUUGGAGCAACAGGGACUCAUGUUAUAGGAUCAGGAACAAUAGGGACCCCUGGGUCAUCACCUGGAGGAUCAGCAGCAACUGGACCACCUGGUAUUGUUUCAGAGAUAACUCCACCGUUAUCUGUAGCAACAGGAACUGCAGCUAUAGGAUCCGGAACUAGUUUACCAUCAGUUGAGGGAUCAGGGACCACUAGAUCACUACCUGGAGGAUCAGAGACAAGUGGACCACCUGGGGUAAGUUCAGAUAUAACUGCACCAUUAUCUGGAACAAUAGGGACUAAUGUUAUAGGAUCAGAGACCAGUUUAACCUCAUCCGGAACAUCAGGGACACCUGGAUCGUCAACUGGAGGAUCAGCAGCAAGUGAACCACCUGGUAUUGGCUUGCAGACAACAGCACCAUUUUCUGGAGCAACAGAGACCACUCCUAUAGGAUCAGUAACCAGUUUAUCCUCAUCUGGAACAUCAGAGACACCUGGAUCAUCUACAGGAGGAUCAGCAACUGGACCACCUGGUAUUGUUUCAGACACAACUGCCUUAUUAUCUGGAGCAGCAGGGACUGCUGCUAUAGGAUUAGGAACCAGUUUACCUUCAUCUGGAGUAUCAGAAACCCCUGGAUCAUCACCUGGAGGAUCAUCAGCUGCUGGACCACCUGGUCUUGGUUCAGAGACAACUGCACCAUUAUCUGGAGCAACAGAAACCACUGCUUUAGGAUCAGGAACCAGUUUACCAUCAGUUGAAGGACCAGGGACCACUAGAUUAACACCUGGAGGCAUAGGGACAACUGAACUACCUGUUGUAGUUACAGAGACAACUGCACCAUUAUCUGGAGAAAGAGGAGCUUCAGGUUUAGGAUCAGGAACAGGUUUACCUUCAGUUGAGGGAUCAGGGAGCACUAGAUCACUACCUGGAGGAUCAGGGACAAGUGGACGACCUCGUGUAAGUUCAGAGAUAACUGCGCCAUUAUCUGGAGCAACAGGGACUAAUGUUAUAGGAUCAGGAAGCAGUUUACCAUCAUUUGGGGCAUCAGGAACCCCUGGAUUAUCACCUGGAGGAUCAGCAGCAAGUGCACCACCUGGUGUUGUUUUGCAAACAGCUGCACCAUUAUCUGCAGCAACAGGGUCUGCUGCUAUAGGACCAAGAAGCAGUUUACCUUCAUUUGGGGCAUCAGGAACCCCUGGAUUAUCGCCUGGAGGAUCAGCAGCAAGUGCACCACCUGGUGUUGUUUUGCAAACAACUGCACCAUUAUCUGCUGCAACAGGGUCUGCUGCUAUAGGAUCAGGAAUCGGUUUACCGUUAGUUGAAGGAUCUGGGACCACUAGAUCAAUAACUGGUGGAUCAGACACAACUGUACCAGCUGCUGUACGUUCAGAGCCAACUGCACCAUUAUCUGGAAAACCAGGGACUAAUUUUAUACGAUUGGGAUCAAGUUUACCCACAUCAGGAGCCUCAGGAAACCCUGGAUCAUCACCUGGAGGAUCGGCAGCAACUGGAACACAUGGUGUUGGUUCAGAGACAAGUGCACAAUUAGCUGGAGCAAUAGAGACCGCUGCUCUAGGAUCAGCAAACAGUUUACCAACAGUUGAAAGAUUAAGGACCACUAGAUCAAUACCUGGAGGAUCAGGGACAACUGGACCACUUGCUGUAAGUUCAGAGACAACUGCAUCUUUAUUUGGAACAACAGGGCCUCAUGUUAUAAGAUCAGGAGCAGUAAGGACCCCUGCAUCAUCACCUGGAGGAUCAGCAGCAACUGGAUCACCUGGUAUUGUUUCAGACACAACUGCCCUAUUAUCUGGAGAAACAGGGACCAUUGCUAUCGGAUCAGGAACCGGUUUAGCCUCAUCUGGAGCAUCAGGGACCCCUGGAUUGUCACCUGGAGGAUCAUCAGCAAGUGGAUCACCUGUUAUUGUUUCAGAGACAACUGCACCAUUAUCUGGAGCAACAGGAAUUGCCACUAUAAGACCAGGAACCGGUUUACACUCAUCUGGAACAUCAGGGACCCCUUUAUCAUCUCCUGGAGGAUCAGCAACAAGUGGACCACUUGGUAUUGGUUCAGAGACAACUGCACCAUUAUCUGGAGCAACAGGAGCUGCAACUAUAGGAUCAGGAACCAGUUUACCAUCAGUUGAGGGAUCAGGGACCACUAGAUCACUACUUGGAGGAUCACGGACAAGUGGACAACCUGGUGUAAGUUCAGACAUAACUGCGUCAUUGUCUGGAACAACAGGGUCUAAUGUUAUAGGAUCAGGAAGCACUUUACCCUCAUCUGGAGCAUCAGUGAACCCUGGAUCAUCACCCGGAGGAUCAGCAGCAACUGGACCACCUGGUGUUGUUUCAGAGACAACGGCACCAUUUUCUGGAGCAUCAGAGACUGCUGCUUUAGGAUCAGGAACCAGUUUACUCUCAUCUGGAGCAUCAGGGAACCCUGGAUCAUCACCCAGAGGAUCAGCAGCAACUGGACCACGUGGUGUUGUUUCAGACACAACUGCCCUAUUAUUUGGAGCAAAAGGGACCGCUGCCUUAGUAUCAGGAACAAGUUUACUCUCAUCUGGAGCGUCAGGGACUGCUGGACCAUCACCUGGAGGAUCAGCAGCAACUGGAUCACCUGUUAUUGUUUUGGAGACAAAUGCGGUAUUAUCUGGAGCAACAGGAACUGCAGUUAUAGGUUCAGGAACAAGUUUACCAUCAGUUGAGGGAUCAGGGGCCACUAGAUCACUACCUGGAGGAUCAGAGACAAGUGGACCAACUGGUUUAAGUUCAGAGAUAACUGAGCAAUUAUCUGGAACAACAGGGACUAAUGUUAUAAGAUCAGGAACUAGUUUACCCUCAUCUGGAGCAUCAGGAAAGCCUGCAAUAUCACCUGGAAGAUCAGCAGCGACUGGACCACCUGUUGUAGGUUCAGAGACAUUUAGACCAGUAUCUGGAGCAAUAGGCACCACUCUUACAGGAUCUGGAGACAGUUUAACAUCAUUUGAAAGAACAGCCUCUACUAGAUCAAUUCCUGGAGGAUCAAGGAGAACUGGACUAUCAGUUGUAGGUUCAGAGACAACUGUGUCUCUAUUUGGAGCAACAGGGACCACUGUUAUUGCAUCAAGAACCAGCUUGCCAUCAGCUGAAAGAUCUGCCACCAGUAGUUCAAUGCAUGUAGGGUCAGGGACAAGCGGACCAUAUGUUGUAGGUUCAGACACAAGUGCACCAUUAUCUAGAGUGACAGGGACCACUGUUAUAGGAUCAGGAACAGGUUUACCAUCAAUUGAAGGAUCAGGGACCACUAGAUCGGUACCUGGAGGAUCAAGGACAACUGGACCACCUGGUGUAAGCUCAAAGACAAUUUCAUCUUUAUCUGGAGCAACAGGUACUAAUGUUAUAGAAUCAGGAACCAGUUUACCCUCGUCUGGAGCAUCAGGGACCCCUGGAUCAUCGCCUGGAGAAUCAGUAGCACCUGCACCACCUGAUGUAGGUUCAGAGACAACUGCACCAUUAUCUGUAGGAACAAGGACUACUAUUUAUGGAUUAGGAACCAGUUUACCAUCAUCGGUAACAUUGGCAAACCCUGGAUCAUUACCUGGUGGAUCACCGACCCCUGGAUCACCUGGUUCAAGUUCAGAGACAACUGCACCAUCAUCUGGAGCAACAGCAACCACUGUUAUAGGAUUAGUAACCAGUUUACCAUUAGUUGAAGGAUCAGCGACCACUAGAUCAAUACUUGGAGGAUCAGAGACAAGUGGACCAUCUGUUGUAGGUUCAGAGACAACUGCACCAUUAUCUGGAGCUACUGGGACCACUGUUAUUGUGACAAGAACCAGUUUGUCAUCAGUUGAAGCAUCAGCCACCACUAGUUCAACAUCUGGGGGGUCAGGGACAAGUCGACCAUAUGUUGUAGGUUCAGAGACAAGUACACCAUUAUCUGCAACAACAGUUACCACUGUUAUAGGAUCAGGAAACAGUAUACCCUCAUCUGGAGCAUCAGGGACUCCUGGAUCAUUGCCUGUAGGAUCAGCACCAACUGAACCACCUGGUGUAAGUUCAGAGACAACUGCACCAUUAUCUGGAGCAACAAGGACCACAGUUAUAGGAAGAGGAACUAGUUUACCAUCAGUUGAAGGAUCAGUCACCACUAGAUCAAUACCUGGAGGAUCAGGAACAGCUGGAUCAUCUUUUGUAGGUUCAGAGACAACUACACCAUUAUCUGGAGAAAUAGGGACGACUGUUAUGGGAUCAGGGACAAGUUUACAAUCAGUUGUAGGAUCAGGGAUAACUGGCUCCACAGUUGUACUGCUAGGAACAACUAGAAUCUCUAUUGUAAGUUCAGGGACAACUGGAUCAUUAUCUGGACCAUCAGAGACAACUGGAACAUCAAUUGAAAGAUUAGGAACAACUCGUUCAUUAUCUGGAGUGACAGGAACCAAUAGAAUCUCUGUUGUAAAUUCAGGUAUAACUACACUAUCAUCUAGAGCAACACUGACCCCUGAAUCAUCACCUGGAGGAUCUGUAUCAACUGAAUCACCUGAUAUAGGUUUAGGGACAACUGGAUCAUUAGCUGAAGCAUCAUGGACAACUGAAACAUCAGCUGAAGAAUCAGGCAAAACUGGAACUUUUGUUUCAGGUACCAGGACAACUGGAUUAUCAGCUGGAAGUUCAGGGACAACUCGAUCAUCUAUUAUAGGAUCAGGAACAACAGGACCAGCAGUUGAAGUAUCAGGGACAGCUGGACCAUCAUCUGGAGGAUCAAGGACAACUAGAACAUCAAUUAAAGGAUUUGGAACAACUGGUUCAUUAGCUGGAGUUACAGGAACAACUAUAAUCUAUGCUGAAAUUUCAGGGACAGCUGCACCAUUAUCUGGGGUGACUAGGACUCCUGUAUUAUCACCAGGAGGAUCAGCAUCAACUGGAACAAGUGUUGUAGGGUCAAGGACAAUGGGAUCAUCAGGUGGAGAUUUAUGGAGAACUGGACCAUCAACUGGGGAAACAGGAACCACUGGAUCAUCACCUGGAGAAACAGUGUCAGGUGGUACUUCUGCUGUAGGUUCAGGGACAAGUGUACCAUCUCCUGGAGUCACAAGGACAGCAGGAGUUUCAGAGACCAUUCAAUCAUCUGUUAUAGGAUCUGAGACAACCACACCUGCAGUUGAAGGAUCAGGGACUACUGGAUCAACAGCUGGACUGACUAUAACCACUAGGACAUCUGUUGUAGGUUCAGGGACAACUGGACCAUCAUCUGAAGUGACAAGAACAACAAUAACAUCUGGUGUAGUUUCAGGGACAAUGGGACCACCAUCUGGAGAAAGAAGGAUCACUGUUAUAGGAUCAGGGUCAAGUGGAUCAUCAGCUGAAGGAUCAGAGACAACUGGAUCAACUGCUGGACUGACUAUAACCACUAGGACAUCUGUUGUAGGUUCACGGACAACUGGACCAUCAUCUGGAGUGACAGGGACAAAAAUAACAUCUGUUGUAGGUUCAGGGACAACUGGACCACCAUCUGGAGAAAGAAGGACCACUGUUAUUGAAUCAGGAGCAAGUGGAUCAUCAGCUGAAGCAUCACGGACAACUAGAUCAGCAGGUGGACUAACAAUAACCACUAGAACAUCUGGUAGGGGUUCAGGGGCAAGUGCACUAUCAUCUGGAAUGACAAGGACAACAAUAACAUCCGGUGUAGGUUUAGGGACAACUGGAUCAUCAUCUGGAGAAACAGCGACCACUGUUGUUGAAUCAGGAACAAGUGGACCCUUAGGUGAAGGAUCAGGGACAACUGCAUCACCAGAUGGAUUGACAAGAACCACUAAAAUCUCUGUUGUAAGUUUAGGGACUACUGGACCAUCAUCUGGAGUGAUGUGGACAACACGAACAUCUAUUGUAGGUUCAGGGACAACUGGAUCAUCAACUGGAGUAUUAGAGACACUUGAUACAUCAGCUGAAGGAUCGAAGACAACUAGACCAUCAAUUGGAAGAUCAUGGACAACUGGGACAUCAGUUGAAGGAUCUGGAACAACUGGAUCAUCAACUUUCACAGCCACAGGGGCCAGGAGGACAACUUGGGGGCCAGGAAGUGAGGUUACCACAUAUGAAGGAGCCACCCCUAGCUCAACAAUUGCACCAGAAAGAUCCACUACUACUGGCUCAGAUAAUACAAUUCCACCAGAACCUGUUGUAGAGGCUACAACUUCCAGAGAAGGUAUUGGUACUGCUGGAAUUGGAUUCCAGACAGGCGCCACUGAGGUAGCCCCUGGCACAACUGUUGCCCCUGGCAGUUUCAACACAGGUACUACUGGUAUAGUCUCUGGAAAAACUCUGGAACCUGGAAGUUACAACACAGAGGUCACCAAUUCCACGAGAAGAAGUGGGACCACCCAACCAGAACUUCCAGGAGGUAUCACCAUGCUUUUACCUGGAUCCAGCAGCAGUUCACAGAGUUCCAUGUCAGGUACUUCAGGAGAAUUCUCUAAGACAGCCAUAUCUGGAAGUUCCCUCACAGUAGAUAGCACUGCAGUACCAGGAGGUCAAGUAACUGGGAGUGUGACAGGCACCACUGGGGUAAUUCCUGGCACAACUGUUGCCCUUGGCAGUUCCAACACAGAGGCCACAACUUCUGUAGAAGAAAGUGGAACAGCAAGAGUUGGAAUAAUCAUGGGCACAAUUGAGAGCAUCUCUGGCAAAACUCUGGGACCUGGAAGUGCCAACACAGAAGCCACAAGUUCCACAAGAGGCAGUAAGACCACCCAAGGAGGACUACCAGGAGGCACCUCUGGCACACCAGGUGGAUAUGUCCCUGGAAGUAAAACAGGUAUCACUGGAGAAUUGUCUGGAACAACCAUUGCAUCUGAAAGUUCUAACACAGGUACCAGUGGUGUAGUCUCCAGCCCAGCUAUUGCAUCUGGAAGUUCCAGCACUGAUGCCAAGGGUAUGGCCUCAGGUACCACUGUUGAACCUAGAAGUUCCAAUACUGGUAAUGAUGGAAAGACAGUCCCAGAGGGUUCUAUUUCAGGUACCACAAGGGUAGCUUCUGGCACUACACUUGAACCUGGGAGUUCAAACACAGGUACUACUGGAGUGGAUCGUGGUAGUACCAUCUCACAUUGGAGUUCCAACACAGGAGCCACCACUGGCACAUCUGAGAGGCCAAGCCCUGGAAGUGAAACAGGUACCACUAGUGUAGUCUCUGGCACAACAGUUGCAUCUGGAAACUCUAACACAGGGGCCACAACUUCUUUGGGAAGUGGUGAAACCACCCAGGGUAGAAUUAAAAUAGUUACCACGAGGGUGACUAUUGGCACAACUAUCACACCUGGGAAUAUACGGGAGGAAGGAAGAGUCACUAGCAUAAUUUCAGGGAGCCAAUCUACUAGAAGUAAAACAGGUACCACUGGGAAAGGCUCUGGGACAUCCUCACCUGGAGGUUUCAAAACAGGCAAUAACCCGGAAUCAGUAGGAGUCACCAGUAGCCAAGAAGGCACUGCUGUGAUGUCAAGCAAAAUUACUGGUGUCUCAGAAAGUUCCAGCCAAGAUACCUCCAAGGAAGCAUCUGAAACAACCACUGCUCCUGUAAUUUCUACCACAGUCACUGCUUCCACAGGAGUCAAGGAAACCUCUGGAACUGGAAUGCAAACAGGCUCCACCUCAGUGUCAAAUGGAAUCACAACAAGCCCCAAAGUGUCCUACCCAGAAACCACUGUAGUAGCAACGGGAGAUCAAGAAAAUGAAAAUAAAACAGGAUGUCCAGUAUCACUUCCACCACCUCCAGUUUGUCAUGGUCCACUGGGAGAAAAGAAGUCUCCUGGAGACAUAUGGACUGCCAAUUGCCACAGAUGCACCUGUACCAAUGCAAAGACCGUAGACUGUAAACCCAAGGAGUGUCCUUCUCCACCCACAUGCAAAACUGAAGAGAGGCUUGUAAAGUUCAAAGCUAAUGAUACCUGCUGUGAAAUCGGGUACUGUGAACCAAGAACAUGUUCAUUUAACAAUACUGACUAUGAGGUUGGUGCUUCAUUUGGUGACCCCAGCAACCCAUGUGUCUCCUACUUCUGCCACAGCACAGGUUUCGUUGCGGUGGUACAAGACUGCCCAAAGCAGACUUGGUGUGCAGAAGUAAACAGAGUCUAUGAUUCAAAUAACUGUUGCUAUACAUGUAAAACUAAUUGCAGAUCUUCACCCGUGAAUGUGACUGUUAACUACAAUGGUUGCAAGAAAAAAUUUGAGAUGGCAAGAUGCAUAGGGGAAUGCAAAAAGACUCUCAGGUAUGAUUAUGAUAACUUUCAGUUGAAAAAUUCAUGCCUUUGCUGCCAAGAAGAAAACUAUGAGUUCAGAAAAAUUGUUCUUGACUGUCCUGAUGGCGGUACAAUACCUUACAGAUACAGGCACAUCACGACGUGUUCCUGCUUAGACAUGUGCCAACAAUCUACGACCUCAACAGUCAGUUAA